AAAUUAAUAUUCCCUGCUCUUCUCCUUCUGUUCUCAUUUGCACUCUCCUUGUACCCACAUUCAAGCCAGUGAUGGAAACCCAUCUCCCUCUCUGUGAUGAGCAGAAAUUCACAAACAAUCACUACAGCGUCGAUACUUCUCGCCCUUUCCGUUCAGUCAAGGAGGCCAUCUCAAUCUUCGGCGAGAGGCUUUUAGGCAGUGACAUCUACUCUCAAAAGCCUUGCACCAGUCCCAAACGACAAGCAAUAAUACAAACCUCAUUUCAGCAGAUGUCCCCAACUACUCCACAGCCAUUCUCCAACCACAAGCUUAUUGCUAAAGCUGAUGAGCUUUCUUUGGGAGACUUAUUGAAGAAACUAGAAGCCGAGCUAGAGGACACAAAGCGGGAACUGAAGCUACUAAAGGAAAAGGAAUCAGAGACAGAGAUAGCGCUGGCUUCCCUAAAUGCACAACUUCACAAGAACAUGUCUAAGAUGGCUGAGGCCGAGGCAGCAGCAGCAGCUGCAGCGAAAGCUGUACCAAGAAGAGUUGUAGUUGUUGAGGGAGGUUAUCCACAGGAUGGAAAAGCUAAGGAGGAGAUAACAAAGGACUCAAAGGUGAGGAAGGAGAACUCGCAGUCUCUAGCUCAGAUACUGAGUCUUGGAGACAAAGAAGGUUACUUUGUAAACAGCAAGGAGCAAAGAAAGCUGAUGAAGAAGAAGCCCAUAAUUCCUCUUGUGGGAGAUUUUUUUUCCUCAAGGAAGAAACGCUCCUCCACCACCCUUCACAGCUUCCUCUGUAUAUCUCCCAAAGCAUAUAGUUAGAAAAAGAGAUUAAUGUGUCAACAUUGAUCCAUAAAUGCUUUAAGCUUUCUGAAUAUCCAGUGGUGAUGUUUUAUGAUGAUGGUAUGUGUGAAAUUGUUCUAUUGUGUACUCAGAAAGGUGGUCUCUUGUACUCUUUACAUCA